CAUACUUUUAUCAUCUUGAUCAAUAUUUAUGAAGCAUAAAAUGAUCAAAUGUAUGAGUAAUUUUUCAUUUUUAUGUAGAAAAAUCUUUUUAUGUAUUGUCAUCAUUUUGUAUUUUUAUAUCAUUCAAGCAGUUCUGUAUACUAUAGCAAGUAAUACCUUGUAGUGUAGGAGAUAUUUUAAGAUUUAUGAUGACGAAGAAAAGAAAUGUGAAAUAUAUAUGUGACGUGAAACCUUUGCAACAACGCUACAUUUUCAUUCUACUGCAGCUUAUCGCUACAUAAGAUUCACCUUCAUACAAUGUCUUCCCCACGAAACAACGAUUAGAAUUUGGAUGCGUAAUAUUGAUGUUGAGCCGGGAAUUUGCGAACAAGCAAUUGAAGUAGUUCAAAGAGAAGUUUCCAUUGCCAAAGAAAGAAACAAAAAAUUAGCGUUUGAUUUAGCUUUAGAUGAAAUGAGCAUUAGAAAAAGAAUAAUAGAUUUCGUCAAUGGAAAGACUGAAGGUACUUGAAAUGCACAAAGAUUUAAUAUACAGUAUGAUAGAAAAAAUAUCAGGGGAAGUAAAUAUUCUGUUCGAAAGUGCCAAUACGGUGAUGAGCCGAAUUUUCUUUUCAAGGUCAUUUUUUUCGAGAUUUCAAGGUCACCGUAUUUUUUUAAAUGGGACUGCAUAUUUUCACUAUAAGAGUCUUAUAGCCUAUAAAAAAGCAAAUCCAAUGAGGUGCAACAUGUUGACGUUCACGUGAUCUUUAGCGAGGAAAUUACUUAGAGCAUAUACUACAUGGAGGAAGCACGCCUAUGGAAAAAGUGUAGACAACGGUGAGAGAGAGAGAGAUGAUGGUUUGGGUACUACCUUUCUCUCUCGCGUACGCACGUGAUUUCGCGCCGUUUAGGAUAAUUCGAAGCUCGCGCUGCUCUGCCUCAGGAGUCUCAGGACUCCAGGACAAAGUAUUUUACGAGCCUUUGUCAAUAUUUGCCCCAUGUGUUGUCUCUCUUCUUCCCUGUCUUUCGAGCCUUCCCCUGAAAUGACCGUUUGCUGUUUGAAGAGAGAAACUAGCGGAAGGGCGUUUUUGUGAGGGAUCGAGACGGCAUUUUGGCUCCUAACUCAGAGGUUAACUCCGGAAAAAUUUUCUAAACGACAAAAUGAAUUCCAAGCUGUCUUGUAUUUUUAAGUGUGAAAGUGUUUCUGAUGAAAUUAAUAAAUUUACCGAAGACCAUUUAAAACAGUGCCGCGAAAGACUCCGUAUUCGUGUUGCAUUAAACAUGAAAUACAGCGACAUCGUUUUUCCUGAAUGUGUGGACGCUUCUCAUGGAUAUCACUCCAAGUGCCGAAAAAAUUUCUUGGCAAUGCCGAAGAAAUACAUUGAAAAAUAUGAAGAACUUGCUAGUGAAGUAAAUGCUAGUCCCACUUCAGUUGCUGUAACUUCGACAUCAUUUGCAAAUAUCUCAGACAGCGGUAAUAUUGAAGAAGGAGCGGAAUCAGCCCAAGCUAUGUUUUUGUCUGUUGAUCGUGAAGAGGAGGAAAUAAGUGGUCAGCAGGGACGUAGUGUCCACGAGGACGCGAAUAGCGCAAGAAAUCAGAGAAGAGCCGAACGAAUUUGUUUUUUUUGCGAUAAACAUCGAAAAGUGUAUAAUCAUCGCAUAUUACCCCUUCACUCAUCGGUGGCUGGAAAAUUAAGAAACAAUAUUUGUAGAAUUGCGAGUGCUGGUACAGAUCGCGAAAUCGAGGGCAAAUUAGAUGCUUUAAAUGUAAAUGAUACAAUUUAUUAUCAUCUCCCAUGCAGACAGAUGUAUCUCCGAAAGUACGUUAUCACUCGAGUAACUCAUAACACUGAUUGGCAUAAAAAACAGAAAUUUCACGAAUUGACAUACUCGGAUAUUUGUGGAUUUGUUGAGACGAAUAUAAUAAAUAACAAAGAAUGUCAUUUAUUACAAUUUCUCACAGAUUGUUAUAAUGAAAUUCUUGAAAAUUUCUAUGUUGAAGAAUUUCAAUAUUUCGAUGCUAAAUAUACUUCUCAACAUCUUUUAGAAAAAUUGAACAAAACUUUUGGCGACAAAAUUCAAGUUAUUUUAAUACACCAGAAAAAAUUAAUUGCUCCAAGGGAUGGCUGUGUUAUUGAUGAUGAAACGUUUUCUCGAUUUCAUGAUUUUGAAUUGUUAUCUCGGGCUGCUUUGAUGUUGAGAAAGAAAAUAUUAUUAACACCGAAAAAACCACGUCAAAUCAGUGACAUUACUGGAAGAGAAUGGGAAAUCCCAAAAGAUCUCGCGGAUUUCAUGCAACAUCUUGUGUGUGGCAUUGAUUCGAGGACGCAAAAAAGCUCGGAUUGCGCGGGUAGAGUAGAUUCCAUUUCACAAGAUAUUAUGUAUGCGGUACAUCAUGGAAGAACGAAGACCUCGAAACAUGACUUUAGGAACGACGCUCAAAAGCAUAGUUGAAAAGUUGUCGAUCUUAUGAACAAGUUUGGGCAUUCCUGUAGUUACAAUGCAGUUGAGGAGGUUGGAACAGAAGCUACGUCUUCCACAUGAAACGUACUCAACGUUUCUUCUGAAGAUGCGAUACUAGCACCAAAUUUUUGCAAAGGUAUUACGUUUGAUAAUUUUGAUCGUUUUGUUGAAACGACUAACUGCAAACAUACCUUGCACGAUACGGUCGGUAUUUUAUAUCAAAAUAUUAGCGAGAUUGACAACUGUGCGCUUAAUGAAAGUCAGGACGUUACAAGCAUUUUGGAGUAUCAAUCAGCUGCCAAAAGGAGGAGAAUAUUAGAUCCGAUUGUGCCCGAAUUGCAGCAUUACACGAAAAAACCGGUUUUUCGCGAGAAAUUAUUACCACUUGAUAGCGCUUUACGUGUAGUAACAGCGAGUAUUUAUAAUUUAUAUAAUACAUAGCGAUUACGUGUAGUAACAGCAAGUACAUAUAAUUUUUAUAAACAAAUAGAUACUGCAUGGGUUUUAUCCUGUUACUGUAAAAUACCUGAUACUCCAAUGUGGGUUGGAUUUAAUCAUAAGAUUAAAGAAGAUAACAUUGUA